GUUGCAAAAAUAUAUAGAGUUAAUCGAACGACGCUGUCGCGACGGCACAAAGGCGCACAACCGUCUAAAGUCAAACAAGCUGCCCAAGACCGCCAAAAUCUCAACCUACAACAAGAGCAUGAACUUGUGCUAUACAUAGAACGUUGUACUCGCCAAGGGCUUCCUCCUACGCGUGAAAUGAUACAAAAUUUCGCGGCGACGAUAGUUAAAAAUGAGGUUUCCACAGCCUGGGUUUCCCGCUUUCUGCAUCGCCAUGCCGACGAGCUCCCCAUCAAAUGGAGCACCGGGAUUGAUCGCAAACGUCACAACGCUGAUUCAGAAGAAAGAUACAGUCUAUACUUCGACUUGUUGCAUUCGAAA